AUGUCGUCGUUUGGUGUCCAAGCCGUCAACAAGCGCAGUGGAAAACAACAGACGUUUUUUCAAAUACGCAACGACCAAAACAAGUUAGAGCUCAACCUGUUGGAUGCCGUUCUAUGUGAAUUUCCUGAAGAAAUUCUCAAGAUGAAGAAUUUGGAGGUAUUGAAGCUCUGUACAGACCACAUACACAGCAUACCCGACACCUUUACAGCUCUAAGUGAGCUAGAAGAACUGUACCUACAUACGAGUGAUCACGAGACCACAUCGAUGGAUCGUUUGGCGCCUCAGAACGUCGGUCUUCACGAAGUACCUAGGUUUAUCACUAGGUUGAAGCAACUACGAGUUUUGUCUGUUAGAGGCAACCCGAAAAUUCCAUCACUGCUGCAUUGUAUCACUUCCAAUCAACAUCCUACUGCUCUGGUUGAAGUGGAAAUGGUGAAAUGUAGGGUGCAAACGGCGACUUUGUCUGAAUGCUUUGGCAGUAGGGCAAUACGCAAAUUGGAUUUAUCACAUAACUAUGUGGGGUUUUUCAAAUGUGAUAAUACAAGCAAACAAUAUGCUUUGGAAGAGUUGAAAUUGUCAGGAAACCCUGAUCUACGCGUUGAGUUUGUAGCGAUGACCACUUUGAAAGCAUUAUAUUUGCGUGGGUGUGGUUGGAUGGUGCCUUCAAAUAUAGUACUUGGACUCAAGAACUUAGAGUGUCUGGAUUUGUCACAUAAUAAGAUAUUGCCAUCGAAUUUUGGCUGGCCCUUUGAACGUCUCACCAAGUUGAAAGACUUGAAUUUGCGUGGGUGUUACAUGGAAGCGGUGCCAUUAGAAAUGAGGUCGCUCAUAGAGCUAGAGCGUCUGAAUUUGGCAGUUAACAAGAUAUCAGGGUCUUCUCUAGGCUCUGCAUGUAAAGGUCUUACUAAAUUGAAAGACUUGGAUUUGGCAUGCUGUCACAUAGAAGAGUUGCCAUUAGAAAUGACAGCAUUCAAGGAGCUAGAGCGUCUUGAUUUGUCAUGGAAUAUGAUAUCACAAUCUUUUCUUGAAUCUUUAUGUGCAGGUUUCACCAAGUUGAAAGACUUGGAUGUAUGUAAUUGUGGCAUAGAAGAGUUGCCAUCAAAUAUGAGGGCACUCAAGGGGCUAGAGCGUCUAAAUGUGUCAUUGAAUAAAAUAUCACUAUCUUCUCUUGGCUUUGCAUGUGCACUGCUCACUGAGCUGAAAGACUUGAAUUUGCAUGACUGUGGCAUAGAAGUGUUGCCAUUCUAUGUGAAAGCACCUAGGAAGCUGGAGCGUUUGAAUUUGUCAGUGAAUAAGAUAGCACAAUCUUCUCUUGGCUUGGCAUGUACACUCACUAAGUUGAACUACUUGGACUUGCAUGAGUGUGGCAUAGAAGAGUUACCAUCAAACUUAAGUGCACUCAAGGAGCUAGAGAGUUUGGAUUUGUCUUUGAACAAGAUAUCACGAUCUUCUCUUGCCUUUUCAUGUAAACAUUUUACUAAGUUGAAACACUUGGAUUUGAAAAAGUGUGGCAUAGAAGAAUUGCCUUCCGAAAUGAGUGCACUUGAGGAGCUAGAACAUCUCAAUUUGUCAUGUAAUAAGAUAUCACAAUCUUCUCUUGGCUUUGUAUGUGCACAUCUCACCAAGUUGAAACACUUGGAUUUGCAUGAGUGCGGCAUAGAAGAGUUGCCAUCAGAAAUGACUGCAGUCAAGUAUCUAGAGCGUCUGGAUUUGCGAUGGAAUAGAAAUUUGAAGUGUCUUCCCACAGAAAUUGAAAUUGGUAUAUUGGAGAUUUCAGUGACAUCUAUCAGUUAUCUUCCUAAGCGAAUUGUACUCAGUCCCAAAUUGAAACAAUUGGACGCUUCUGGCUGCCCACUUGUGUUUCCACCCGUUGAAAUAUAUCAACAAGGUGUUCCUGCUAUGAGGCAAUACUUCAUCGAGUCGGAGAAGACAAUAGCAGUACGACGAGGCAGACUGAAAAUUUUGGUAAUGGGAGUCACGAUGGCAGGCAAAACGAGCCUCGUUAAAGCACUGGUAAAAGGCGAAUCAUUUCUAACAGGAAUUGAAGACCGAACUAUAGGGGUCAUAGAGACAGUGAUAAGAAUUGAUGACAAGAGGGAAUGGAAAGUGAUAGACUGUGGUGGCCACAAAGCAUAUAUGCUGACCAAUCAGUUGAUGGUCAGUGACAACGCAUUGGCAUUGAUCGUCGUUGACUCUAGUCGAUACGACUUCAGUGAGCACUGUUUCCGUCAGAAUGUCGGAGAUUUCUUGGAAGUUUUGUACGAGAGAAACACCAGAGCUCGCGUUGUUUUUGUCGUUAGUAAAGUCGACGAAAUGAGUAGGCCAAGACAAGAGAUCAAUGCCAAAUGGAAUGAGCAUCUUGCCACUCGUCUUGCUGAAUUUCUGAAAAUGAGAGAAGAUCAGAUUAAUCGAAUGGCCGGCAUUGCUGCACCAGAUGGUAAGGAUCAAAGCGAUUACUUAACAGUCAAUCUUCAAUUUCUUCGUUUGCAACAAAUAACGAUAGAGAAGAAGGCAGUAGUAACGAGUGCAGCCACAUAUGAAGGAGUCGAAGCGUUAAAGAGUCUUUUGGAGAUGUUGUCUCAAGAUGUAACUUUGCUGCCUUCGCUGGAAGCACGUGUGCCGGAAUCGUGGGCGACUGUUGAAGACAAGUUGGUGAUACACCAAGCUGAUAUUGGCGUCCCUAUUACACAAGUGUCCGAUGCCAUCGCUCUUGGUGAUAAACACGGCCUUGCAGCGGAUGACUGCCAUUCUUUGCUUAAUUAUCUUCAUCAAGCUGGAAGCAUUUUGUAUUACUCUCGCCUCCCCGUCUUGUCCGACGUUCUUUUUCCAUCGUCUUCAUCCGUAGUUAACUUGCUCAAAUGUGUAUUCAGACACGAUCAUCAAUCUUUGUCUUACGACAGUCGAUUCGCUAGCGCGAAUAUCGCUCCUCAGCAGUUCGAAGCGAUGAAACGCGAUUUAGUUUCUAACGGCAUUGCCAGGAUCUCAAUGCUGUUGGCACUGUGGAGCGAGUUUGCGCAUAUUAACGAUCGACAUGUCGACGUAUUUAUUAGGCUAUUUCUUGCCCUCGACUUUGCUUAUCUGACUGCACCAUCGGAAGAAGUAUUACAGAAUAUGCCGGAGGACGUCAAAAGUUGGACGUUUGCUAUAGACACGAACGUGUUAUCGCGUCAACAGCUAUCGUCGACGAGCAGUCUUGACGUCACCAGUGCAUCCGACGCUGACAGAAAGGAGGCACCCCAGUGGCAGACGGAUAAGAUGGAGAAAUUUAUUUCCUAUCUUAUCAGUAACGACGUUGGGUUGCUAUUACCUUGGCUGCUUGCUGAGGAGAAACCGUCGGAUGUUCGUUUACAGUGGCCCAUAGAAGAGUGUCGUGGUGUAAUGCAAGUUGUAGUAAAAUAUUCUUUUGCAUACAACUGUCCUCUUGGACUAUUUGAGCGAUUGUCUGCUCGAUGUCACCGCCAUUCUAACUACGUUCGUCACUGGAGGAACGGAUUUCUACUUUGCUAUGGUUCGGUUACGUUACUCUGUGAAUGUAGUAGAGGCUCUUCCUCUGGCUCUGUUUCUCUUCACGGAAGAGUCCCGUCGUCUCGUCAUAGCGCCGCUAGACUGUGGCACGUUCUCAUUCGUUGUAUGAGCGAUCUGGAAGAUCUCCUUACAUCCAUUCCCGGUGCUCUGGUCGACCGCAAUAUUUGCGAUGUGUCGUCUUCGCUCAGUAGUCAAGUCGGCUUGUUUCGUCAAGCAAACCGAUUCAGGCCAUCGUCUAGGUGGCCGCCGUUUGUAGUUGAUCUCGUUGCCGGUCGUUACAGUCGAGAGAUGUGUGAACAUAUCCGAGCGAUAGAGCAAGUCACGAGCAGUGUUGAAACAACUUCUUUGUGUGAGGUGCUGUCUCCUCUGGGUGGAACGCCAGUGGAAGAAGUUGAUUUGCGAGAAGCGGCAUCAGCUAUAGGCACGUCGUGGUCACACUUUGCUGCCAUUGUUGGCGUUGCCCAGUCUGUUGUUGCUGAUAUACGUCGACAGUUUCCCAAUAGUGACGAUGCAAUGAUUGCCGCAUUGGAGAUUCUGACGGAAUGGGUUAGAUGUAAAGGUGGCAAGCUGAUGGUUUCUGAACUGUACGAUGCCUUAUUCGUUGCUCGUCUUCCGACUCCUGAACAUCAGUUGCAUCGUUUCAUGUCACCUGAUGCAGCAACUGGACUGAGAAUAGUUGAAGAGACGUCGAACCCUGACUCUGGAGUUCAAAUACUAGGAACAGUUGAAAGGGAACUUAGAAGCAGCGACACUGAUGCUGAUGAAGGAGACAUUUCCACUGGUGCCACAGUUGUUGUAGCUGCAACAACUAUGAUAGAAGAAUCAAUAGAAGACAGGAGAACAGUUUGUAAUGCUGACGAGGUGUCGUCAAACGAGCUGAAUUGUCUUGCUGAUGUGAUAAAAAGCUAUUGGCAACAGUUUGCAUCAUUUCUAGAACCAGACUUGUUUACACUCGGAGAAAUCACUGCUAUAGAGCGUCAGCGUCCACAGAAUCCGUGGUUUCAAGCUAAAAUCAUGUUGGAUACUUGGAAAAGCAGACUUGGUGUUAACGCUCAUCGUCAAUCCCUAAUUAAAGCAUUACUUGACUUAAGACGGAGACAUGAGGCCAAUCAGUUGUUUGGACAGAAAAUUGUAGAUAACGUAGCAAAGCAGCAGUAAAUGGUACUAAAGGAUUGAGAGAGCUGCAUGACUAUUAAAGCAUUUAGUAAAAGCAACUGCGUACACAAUACAGAGACAACGUUGGAUUUGCUGUUGACAACUUUACGUAUUGUGGAAUUCAUCUUGAACUGUACAUACUAUAUUAGUAUAUAGUUAUGGUAGGGGAUUUUUGUGAGGAGGUAUAGUUACAGCAAUUCAAAUACUUCUAUACGUCGUCGCAAACUUUAACACAGUUGCAGUAAUGAGUGACACACUUAUUAUAUUAUAUAUCAUAAUUUCAUUAUUGUUUGAGAUGUAAGGAUAUGCCAAUUGUACCUACAUAGUAGUGAAAUGUUUCCACAGCUGGGCAGAAAAUAUUUCAACUUACAUGUGCUUUUACACUCAUGAUGAUGUGUGGUGCCAC